AUGGCUACGGCGGCGUUAGAGAAGCUUCUGCAAGUAGGCACUAAGAUCGUCGGAGUUGGCAGAAACUAUGCCGCUCACGCCAAGGAACUCGGCAACGCCGUCCCCAAGGAUCCUGUGCUUUUUCUCAAACCGACGUCGUCUUAUUUGGAAAACGGAGGCACAAUCGAGGUCCCUCACCCUCUGUUGUCGUUGGACCAUGAGGUGGAGCUGGCCGUCGUCAUCUCUAAGAAAGCUCGCGAUGUUCCGCAGGCCACUGCCAUGGACUACGUUGCCGGUUAUGCACUUGCUCUUGAUAUGACUGCCAGAGAAAUUCAAGCUUCUGCUAAGUCUGCAGGUCUUCCAUGGACCAUAGCUAAAGGGCAGGACACCUUCACACCAAUCAGUUCCUUGCAUGCUAAGCUAUUUGACUCUCCAAACUUCAAGCAGCUACCCAAGGAAAUGGUGCCAGACCCAGACAAUAUAGAGUUGUGGCUGAAGGUAGAUGGAGAAUUGAGGCAGAAGGGCUCAACCAAGGAUAUGAUAUUUAAGCUCCCAUUUCUCAUCAGCCACAUAAGCUCUAUUAUGACACUUCUUGAAGGAGAUGUAAUACUAACAGGCACUCCCAAAGGUGUUGGCCCAGUUAAAGUAGGUCAAAAGAUAACUGCUGGCAUAACGAACCUCCUGGACGUUGAAUUCAAUGUUGAAAAAAGGCAGAAGAAAGGAAGCUCUUGA